AUGUCUGAAAAUACUGAAGGCCCUUUUAAUUCCGACUCUGAUCGUGAAACAGCAGCCAGAAUUGUGAGAGCGCUUGUUGAUAGCAUAAAUUCCUCGAAUGAAAUAAGCACCUCUGGUGAACUUUAUAGGGCUAUAGGGCGCUAUCAUCGAAUCCCAAGAACUGCACUUUACCGCUCUGGAAUCUUAUCGCUACCAUUUACCCAAGCCAUGACAACUCGCACAGAUUCAGGGGAGAACCUAUCUCAACCCAAUGAAAAUGAGAAUGAUAGCUCUCCACUUUUCCUCUUCCCUGUGUCGCUAGGGAGUGUAGGUCAGGCUAUUACAGGCAGGACUGAAUUAUUAGCACUAGCUAGGCAACAAAUUAGGUCUACAAGGCCAUCUAUUCAAAGAGACAUGGAACAAGAUGUAAACUUAACAGACAACAUGAAUGAUGACUACCAUGACUCUCAACGAUCUAAUAGACAGUUUGAACAAACAAAUCUAGAGAGAACAGAUAUAACAGAAAAUGCUGCUCCUGAUGUCUCAAUGACCUUACCAGAGUCUCGGCCUAUUGUCGAAUCCAUCCAUCCAAGAGUUAAACGAAGAAAAUAUAGCCCUGAAACGAGAUCUAAUACGAGAUUCACAGGUUUUAACUACGGUAGAUAUGGUCAAGUUGAGCCUGGGAAGCUAAAAAUGGAGAUAGUUAGCUGCGAUGGCGGAAUCUUUGAAGGCACCGAUACGCAUCAUCCAGCUGAAAACAUACUUCAAAAUGACAAUUCAGUCUACUGUACAAAAUCUAACCGGUGCAAUUUAAUUCUCCAACACCAAGGAGCCACAGUUUUUUGUUUAAAGGAGCUAAGUAUUAAGGCGCCCCACUCCGGCUAUACUGCGCCUGUCCAAGAAGGCAUGGUUUUUAUAUCAAUGACUUCGGACGAUCUCCUGACCAGAACAGCUCAAUAUCAAAUACAGUAUUCUCCAGCGCGUUCACGGAUAGACCCAAUGGACGAGUUGUUUCCUGUCUUUGAUACAAGCUUAGCCCCUGACGACGGAAACAUGACACCUGCUCAACUAAGAGUUCGACGCUUGUUGGAUAUUGGGCUCCGCGAUGAAGAUUGUGACUAUCGCACGGCACAAAUACCCAUAGAAUUUAUUCCCGAAAACGCACCACUGUUCAGUGUAACGACUGAGUGUAGCGAUUCUGAUAGCGAGAUUACAACUCCAGCGAUGUCUCGCCGUGCAAUUUCACGCAAUCUCUGGCGCACACGAUUACCCGACGAUAGCGAAAGCAAUGAAGAAGCAGCGUCGCUGUGGCAAGAGGACUAUGCGCGUCGAACGGGUCAAGAUAAUAGAGGACAGCGCUUAAGACGGCGUGAAACGGCGAGAAGUAUAACUCUCUCCGAGGCUUCAGAAUCAUUACCAGUAGAGAUACAGAAAUCAGCCAAAACUGUUGAUGGCGGCCUAAUGGCUCCUCACGCGAGAUUCUUUAUCGAAAGAGAUAAGUCGAAAUGUACAGUCAAAUUUGAUCCUCCUGUCAGUGGACGCUUUAUCCUAUUAAAAAUGUGGAGUCCUCAUCAUGACUCAACCGGAAAUAUCGACAUCCAAAGUGUAGUGGCGACAGGUUUUGCGGGGCCACGAUAUUUCCCAGCAAUCAAAUGGAGAUGA